AUGAAGAGAAAUCAAAAUAUUUAUUGUACAACAGUGAUAUAAAAAAGGUUCAAAUUUAACAAAAGAGGAAAAAGUUCUGAAUCAAAAACUGAAGGUACAUUGAAUAAUACUGCUUAAUUGAUAAUGUUAUCACUUCCUUACUUUUGUACAAAUCAUAAUAAAAGAUAAACUAUAUUGAAAAAAUGGAAAUAAAUUAUAUGGGGAGUUAGAAUAAUAUUAAGAUAUAAGAAGAUAUUCAAAGAACAAGCCUUUUUUGAUUAGUUAUCCAAAUUGCCAAAAAGAAGAAAACUUUCAUCUCCAACAUCUGGAAAUAGAAGUCCAAAGAAGAGGAGAAUACCAGCACCAUCAAGUGACAAAAUUAAUUUUACUAUUAUUACUAAAGACUUGCCAGAGGAUACAAGUCGUAGUAAGACAAGUCGAAAAAUGAAAAAUCAACUUUCAGAAAAUUUCUAAAAAUCUAUUUACUAUUAAAAUUAGAAAUAGUAGGAGUUAAGAUUAGAAAGAUUAAGAAAUAAUAGUUUACAUCAAUUGCUAAAUUCUUAAUAAAAUCAAUCAUUAGCCACAGUCAGAACAUAAUCUGUUUUAAUAAGAAAGAUAAGAAUAAAAAGACAAUCAAUAUAAUGA